AUGCUCUAUUCGACCUCGCCCUCGUCCUCUUCGGCCGCCUCAAGCUCGGGCAGGUCGUCCCCCGAGGCGCAGCCGCACGACGGAGGCUCCGGCAGCGGCCGGUCGGCGACGACGACGGCGUCAAGCUUCCUGCCGCCCUUUUUCAUGUCGAGCAAGCAGCCGCUCGCCCCGCAGCUCCAGCAGCCGCUUAGGACACCGUCCUCGCUCGACAGUGCAGCGCCGCCCCCGCGUCGCACAAGUUUCGGCACUGCCCUUGGGCCCGGAGGCAAGCUCUCUGCGCUGAGCGCGCUGGGCUUCUUUCCCACGAGCUCCACGCUCAGCACAUCGCCGCCCUCGUCUUCGGCCUCAAGCCUGGUCAAGCCAGAGUUUGGUCCAAGAAGCGCGUCCUCGCCAGCGGCUAAGGGGGCGGCUUCCGAACUUGGAUCCGCCGGUUCGUCGUCCUCGCCUCAACCCUCAAAGGCAGCGCCUCCCAGACGCCAUAUGUGCUUCCCAGACGGUAUGGGUGGCACAAUGUGCGUCGAGAUCCGGGACCGUGACCGGCGAGGAUCCUCUUGA